UUAUUUAGCACAAGAUGAAGCAGGUGAAAUACAAGUAAUAGGGCUGGAAAAGCACCACAGACACAUGGAGAGGGAUUGCCUAGGAGAGAUAAAUUAGAGUCCCUAUCCUUAAUGUUACCUGGAGGGAAAGAAAAGACAAAUUUGCCAUCCUAGAAAGAGCCUCCUUUGUAAAACGGUAAGUUGUCAGAAGUAAUUGGAUCAAGUGGGAGUAGAGCUUCUAAGAUGAGGAGGAUGCUAUAGUUACUGUAGGCUGCUGUUAAAUGAGGUAGAAAAAAGGUAUCUGGAACUGUCCUAUGCUGUGUAUGCAAAACGAGAAGAAAAUUGACUUAAUAAAUAGCCAGAAGGGAGUACUUCACAGGCUGUUUGGAGCAGAAGGUCGUGCAAGAUGCCACUGGGAAAGUAAUCUCCUGCAGGGUUGCCAGAGUGCCUGGCUUUGGCUUUGAUUUUCUGUGGUACUCGAGGCUUUCACGCAUGGUGUGUCCAAGGAGCUGCUGUCCGUCUGGGGUUUGGGAUGCCCACGUUCUGGUCCUUGCACUGCCUCCUCAGCUUGCUGUCUCUGCAGAAGGCUGCUGGCUCUCUCUCUCUUUUUUUUUUUUUUUUUUUCUCUGAAUGCAAGGAGAGAUAAUAAACUCACACUUUCCUUCACUAUAAGAUAAUUCUGGAACUGAGUUCCCGAAGUUUUUACAAUGCUUCAAGUACAUGAAUGACGGGAUCCUAGAGGAAAGAGUGCUGGCAUUACUGUAGCAUGUAUUGUCUACUAUGUGGAGAUGAAAUGUAGCUUAAUAAUUUGGAGUGUUUGAGAGGAAACAGGGGAAGAAGGGCUGUUGGCUUUUUGGCUUUUCUGGUACUCUUUGUUGUGUUUGAGAAAAUGAGUUGAUCUUUUUAAAGUACAGAAACUCAGCUAAGCCAACAUGGAAUGGAAAUGUUUUGAGAAAAUCAGUGGAGAGGAGAAGGUUCAGCUAUGAAGUACACAUGGUUUCUAAUUGCCUAUUUCUACUUUCUACUCAGUGAAAAAUACCAAAGCCAUUGAAGGAAAUGAUGUCUGUACUGUGACAUAAAUCUUUAUGCGACGUGUAAUUAGCUGUCAGUAGGAUUUGCCACCAUUGAGUACCUGAUUAUAGUAGUGGUUUGACAUCUUUCCUGAAUGAGAGCUGGAGGGAGACAGGGCACACCUUCAGUGCUGCCUUUUAAGCUGUUCAGUGCAGAGAAUGGUGGUUGCUUGGGGUUCCCCCAUUAAUUUCUGCAGGAGUCACCAACCUUUUUGCCCUGCUAUGCUCAGAGACUCUGCUUUCCUUCCCAUCCCUUCCAACUGUAUCACUUGAUCUCUUUUUAUCCUUCUCUCUGUAGCUUUUCCACUGCUUACCUUCUCUCCCUCCUUCUUUGCUGUUUGUCCCUUUCUCAGGGACAGACAGCAAGGAUGUCCCUCUGCCGAGAAGGAAGAGGAACCAAAAAAGAGCAGCAGAUGCCAAGUUGGGUGUGAUUCCCUUCUCCAUUUCAGAUAAGAGCUGAAGGAACCAGGAGGCAGGGCAGGCUGCACAACCUUCCUGCUGCUUCUCUGAACCCUGAAACCCACAAGAGAACCUUUCAGCUGAAAGGAGAUCCCCAGGAGGUGGUGCACAGGAAAGGGGCACGAUGCUCGCCCCCAGCUCUGCUCCGGUGCAGGGCUGGCAAACCACAGGAGCAACAGGAAGCCUCCAGAACCUGAAGAAGUUUAACAGCCAGGACUUCAAAGACCUGAAAGCCUUGUGCCUGAGCCAAGGGCUGCUCUUUGAGGAUGCCACCUUCCCCGCUCAUAUCAGCUCCAUUGGUCCCAACCUGCUCCCAGAGGAGAAGCUCUGGCAAAUACAAUGGAAGAGGCCAACUGAACUUCAGAGAAACCCUCAUUUGAUCAUGGAUGGAGUUAGCAGAUUUGAUAUCAUACAAGGAGAAAUAGGUGACUGCUGGAUGCUGGCUGCCCUGGGCUCCUUGACACUGCGGAAACAAUUUUUGGAAAAUGUUUUACCAAAGGACCAAGGAUUCCAGGACGAUUAUGCUGGGAUUUUUCAUUUCCGGUUCUGGCAAUACGGAGAAUGGGUGGAUGUAGUGAUAGAUGACCGACUGCCACUCCUAAAUGGAAGAUACCUGUUUGUACACCCCCGAACUUCAAAUGAAUUCUGGCCAUCCUUGCUGGAAAAAGCAUAUGCCAAGUUGCGGGGCUCCUACCAGAACUUGAAUGGAGGCUUCCUUUCAGAUGCUUUAGUAGACCUCACAGGUGGAGUUCAAGUACAGUUUUCAUUGAAGGAUCCACCUCCUGAUCUGGAGGAGAUCCUGAAAGCAGCUGACAAAUCUCGGUGCCUGAUGGGGUGCAGCACCACAGGCCAGGCAAGCAGGAACGUAGAGCUGAGGAAUGGGAUUGUACAGGGUCAUGCCUACACCAUCACCGGAGCUGUGAAGAUCCCCUACAAGAAUGGCUGGAAACAUAUAAUCAGGAUCUGGAAUCCGUGGGGCCAUGGGGAGUGGAAGGGGCCCUGGAGUGAUGAGUCUCCUCAAUGGAACUGUGUUGAGCCCAAAUACAGAGAAGCCCUCCUCAGAAAUAAGGAUGAUGGAGAAUUCUGGAUGUCCUGUGAAAACUUCCAGGAGCAGUUUUCAUGGCUGUAUAUAUGUAACAGCACCCCAACAUUUCUGGACUUUGGAGAUGAGCACUGCACAACGUGGUCUCUGAACAGCCACAUCAACCUGUGGAGCCCAGGCCUUCCCACACGAAGGAGCCGCUACUCCCCAGGUGCAGUUUCAACAAACCCUCAGUAUUUUUUCAAAGUGCUAGAUCACGACCCAAAAACCUAUAAUGUAGCAAUUUCACUCAUGCAAAAACACCCUGAGCAUAUGCAGGAUGAAAAAAACCUGAAGAUCGGCUUUUUCAUCACCAUGGAGAACUCCAGACUUCUGAAACAAAUUUUUAUCCGGACUCGGGAUGUGACCAGCUACUUUACCUUGAGCCCAGGAACCUAUGCCAUUGUUCCUGCUGGAGCAGAGGAGCAAGAAUUCGAAUUUCUCUUACGAAUUUUCAUAAAGAAUCAAGACUACGCUGAGAACUCAAACUCCCUGACCGACCCAGUGCCUCCUAUGGAUGCACCAAGAUGGAACCAGGACAGCUCCUAUAAGGCUCUUUUCCUGAAAUACGCUGAGCAGGGCUCAACUAUUGAUGCCUCGCAGCUGCAACAACUCCUUAAUGAAGUGAUCUUGCAAGAUGAGAUGACCAGCCUGGGUGGGAGAUUCACCUUUGAUUCAUGCAGAGGCAUUUUAGCCCUGAUGGAUCUCAACUCGAACGGGAGACUCACCCUGCAGGAGUUCGGGAGCCUCUGGCGGAGUCUCACGAAGUACACGGAUAUCUUCAGCAAGGAAGACAGAAACCGUUCUGGAUUUCUUGAUGUUGCUGAACUGAAGAGUGCGAUACAGGCAGCAGGUCUGGCCGCCACGGCGCAGCUGCUGCGCCUGAUGAUGCUGCGCUACGGCGAUGCUGCCGGCAGGGUUGGCUUCUCGGACUUCGUGUGCUGCAUGCUGCGCCUCGACACCAUGACCCAUGCAUUCCAAAACUUAGCAGAGGGUGGAUCACAAAUUCUGAUGACGACAAUGGAGUGGCUGACUCUUGUCAUGUACACAUAAAGAGAUGCAAGAGCUCAUGGUGACUUUUCUUCCUCCUCAGUAGAACAGUGCCCAAGGCCAUCCCAUACAAAAGCCAUCCAUGGAGUUCUUGAAAAACUACUGUGAAGGAGUGAAGCCAGGUGUCCUUCUGCUUGGUGGUACUCAGAUGUUGUGAUGAAGAGUCCUUUCCAGGCAAACUGGAGGUGCCUUGGAGAGAGAAGAAUUGCUAAUGAAAGCACUCCAUGGACAAGCUGGUAGUACUUAAUGGUCUGGGCAAGCUGGAAGUGUUGACUGUAAUCUCCUCUUGUCUUCCUGUAAAUAGUACAGAAGCCAGGAACAGCUCCAUUAACUCCAUUGUGAAAAAGAGCAGAUCCCUGCCUUUUGUGUGAAAGGAGUGUCUCAGUAGGGUUACAAAAAAAAUUAAGACGUAGGUUACAAAAAAAAUUAAGACACACUUUUAUUUGAAUUAUUCCUUAAUUUUCUUGUGUGCCAUUAAUAAGUGCCAGAAAAUGAUUGAAGAAAUUAGUCAUAAUUCAUAAAUAACAC